ACGAGCGAGUCUGCAAACGGAGCGCAGGCAUGGGAACGAUAUCACAGCUCUCAUCCUCUACUUCAUUCCACAUGCAUGCACAACCAUGAAGGAAACGGUGACUGAAAUGCAUCCGGAUACUAAGCAAUCAUUUUUUUCCAUGCACAUGACUGCAGAUGGGAUUGUGCAAUAGGUUAUCAUCUCUUCUCUAAGAUAAGACUAACAUCAACCACCAUAAUGGAUGCAGUACCCGAAUACUCUAUUUUUCUUGUGAGGAUUUUGGAGGAACUAGACACCAAGUACAGCACUGUAUCCUAUCAGGAUCUGUGUAAGUCUCUGUGUGCUCGUUUUGACCUGGUUCAUCUGGCAAAACUGAGAAGCUUAUUAUUUUACACAGCAUGUUUGGAUCCUAGUUUUCCUGCUACCUUAUUUAAGGACAAAAUGAGGUGUUCAGUAGAAGAUCAGCAGUCUAAGAAGCUUAUGGUUGCUGCAGACAUUGUGACCAUGUUCAACCUCAUCCAGAUGAAUGGUGGGAUGGCCAAAGACAAAUUACCGGUUAGCCAGAAACCUAAGUUUCAUAAAAACCAAUCCUUUGAGUCUUGCAGGUCUGAUACAGACGUGUACAAAUACAACGAGUGUGAAAGUGUGUAUGGUCACAUAGACAGAAGGGGUCAUCGUGCUUCUCGGAACUCACCCUGCCCCAAAUCUGAGUGCAAUAGCUGUCAGUCUUUUAUACCAUCUUCAGAGCCCAAUUUUCUCCUGGGAGUCAACAAGGAUCUUAAAUGUAGAGCAGCUUCACUGGAUAAGCUGCAGCAUCUGCCUCAGUAUGCCAGUGCCAGUCCUCCUCCGUGUGAGAUGCAGAGCACCUACUUCCCCAUGGAGAUCGACAGCGAGUCCACAACCGACCACGACUCGCUGCACAUCAACCCGGGUGGCAAGGAAAUUUUUCUGCCUAACUCUGAGACUUUCGGUGUGCACUCUUGUGUGCAAAAGCGGAACAUUUUUAAGGAGGACUUUCACAACCUUGUUGCCUUUUCGCCUCAUGUGAUCACUUCUGAGUCUAAAGCCAGUGCCAGAGACAGUGGAGAUUACCACAGGAGGGAAUUGCACAAGCCUCCAACUUUCUUUAAUCACAGCUUUGAGCUGCCAUAUAGCAACCCCUAUUUUGAACCAGUCAACUCACCUAUACAAAGCAAAGGGCGAGUGAAGCACGAGAGUCUAGACGACUUGCAGGCAUCCACAUAUUUUGGUCCAACAACGGUCACAGAGUGUGUGAACAUCAAGAGGACUUCGGGGAAACAGAGCAGGCAGCCUGCCUGGCCUGUCAAAAGCUUAAGCCUGAACGCAGAUGAGGGCUCUGAAUUUGAGAGAUCCUUUUUAAACCAUAAGGCGCCAGUAGACAAUCAUCGCCAUACUAGCAUGAUGGAAAACGAACAGCACUUUCAGUGUGCCAAAGAGAAGCCCACAGCCUCUCCGUCAGGCUUCUCCAAGAAGUCCAGCGGACAAAAGAUAAAAGAAAUGGCUUCUGUUGGUUGUGGUCCGAGUUCUGAAAAGAGAGAAGGAGGAAAGAGAUAUAAAGACAAGAGCAUCAACUGUCCAUCGCUACAGACUGCUAACAUUGACAAUGGUCUUAGUGUAGGGACUCAGACUGACCAGUCAGAACAGAGGAAACGGAAAGAUUACAGCAUGCACAAGUACAUGGAGAGACCACCUUUUAAACACACAGCCGAGGAGCCUGAGAUCGUAAGUGAUGACAUUAGUGACAUAUUUCGCUUUCUGGACGACAUGAGCAUAUGCGACUCUAUUGGGAUACCGCAGUCUUCUUGUUACAACAGUAAUGGCUCGCUCUCUCAGGUGACAAAGUCAGAUGGUGAUAGCUCACCUGAACGAAACACGAUCAAACUAGGCAAGUCUGUCAGCAAACUUGAUAAUUUAUUCCAUUCCCUGGAGAACACUGAUGAUGAGCUCAAAGCAAGCGUAUGCAAACUGGUCCUCAGGAUUGGUGAAAUCGAGAAGAAGCUUGAAUCACUCUCAGGAGUGCGUGGUGAGAUCUCACAGGUUCUGUCCAAGCUCACCAAGCUGGAUGAGAAGAUCCAAGAGCCAGAAGCAAAUGGGAAGUCUAGUGAAGGUGGCAUGGCACAGAUUCAGACGGAUAUAAACCUUUCACCACACAUGUUUCAGUGCCACACCACAGGUCACACUGUCAAAGUGGACACUAACAAAGACUGGUGCUGCUCAGAUGCUAGUGGAAGUGAAAGCCUGAGAGUGAAGGCACUAAAGAAGAGCAUGUUUACUCGCAGGUCCUCCAGGUCACUGACUGAGGAAAACAGUGCUACAGAGUCCAAAGUGGCCAGCAUUACCAAUUCUCCUCGAGACUGGAGAACUGUCUCUUAUUCAAGCCAUCCGGGAGAAGAUGUAAAAGAGAAGGACAGGCAUGGGGAAAGCAAGGAUAGACAUAGGAAAUCCAAAGAGGCAGAUCGGCAGUAUGACCCCCACCAGGCACACCGGUCAUCCAAGGCUCCAAAGGACUCAUACAUGGUGGAGCAAGUUUUCAGCCCCCAUCAUUACCCCCCCACUGUCAAGUCACAUGUGAAGGGAAGCCCUUUGUACACGGACUUGCGAUUGACUGGUCUGAAUGACAGCAAACGUCCACAACCCUCCUGGACCAUAGAGGAAUUCAAACGCAACUCAGGAGACAAGAACAAACUCAGUGUGCUGGACCUACAGACCCAGGAGUCACUCAACCCCAAUAAUCUGGAGUACUGGAUGGAGGACAUCUACACACCAGGCUAUGAUUCACUGCUCAAGCGCAAAGAGGCAGAGUUUCGGAGGGCUAAGGUUUGCAAGAUUGGUGCUCUGAUCGCUGCAGCGGCCUGCACUGUGAUAUUGGUCAUCGUUGUGCCCAUUUGCACUAUGAAGUCUUGAGGUCUUCUUCUAUGUUGCCAAUAAACACAAGACAUCUUGUUUUGCUGAUGUAGGGUUAAUUUUGGUGCCUAGAUGACGCCUUAUUGUGAAUUUGAUAGAACUUUUAAUGGCUGACAUCCAUUCAGAAAACUUGUAUGCUCAGUUUUUUUGGCUUAAUCCAGGAACUGGUUUUAAAGACUAACCUACAAAUACAAUACUUUAUUGGGGAUUAACAUAUGAUGUUUGUCCUUUUUAUUUCUAGUAGAACAAUUAUUUGUUAUCAUAGACUUUUAUGGAACAUAGAUAAUGUUCUCUUAUUUUAUAGCUAGUAUUUAACAUACUAAAUUAAGAUAUUUCAAUUCUGAGAUCUUUAUGUUGUUGCAAUAGACACUACAAGGAAGGACGCGUAGUAUUUUUUUAUUUUACUAUGAUUCUAUGAGAAUUAUUUUUCAAUGAAUUUGCAGACAGAAUGUGAUGCUGUACAGCUAGGUUUAUCUUUUUUGACAAAUCAGGAAUGUUUUAUUGGGUUUGUGCAAUUUCUUUUUGACAGUGACAAUUUAGACAUGAUAGUUAUCUAGAUUACUAUUCGAGAAGACCAUUUCGGAAGAAGUGAAUGUAUGAAUGGCCAUUGUAUGUAUUAAUUGUAUAAGGAUUCUAAAAUGAUUCCUCUCUGGAUGUUUACUUGUUAUUUACCUAGUACUCAGAACACAUCAUCCGAAUUUAAAACAGCAAUUAACUGGAUACUGGAACAAUGCAGUAUCUUUAAAGAAGCAUUCUUCCUCUUUUUGUUUUAUAAUCUUGAUUUACUUGAAACUCUUCUUUACUGUCUUAACAGCUCAUUUGCAUUAUUUCUGAAUUUGGACUAUAUACAAAAUCUCAGCUUAUAACUAUAGGUCCGGCCCAAAUGGUAUGAUUCAUAUAUUCGUGUUUGUAUGCUGUCCCCCUUCUAAACAGAUGUCCUCUAUUACACUUGCAAGGGCACCAUUAUGUUUUUGCAUUGCAGUGCAUUGUUAUUGGCAUUUUGACAUCUUUCUAAUUUAGCCCUAUUCUUCGAAGCUCUCCUUUGAGGCAAGGGUAAAAGUCAGUAUCCAAAUUAAUCCCAAUAUGAAGACAGCAUUGCUAAAAAUUUGAAGGAUAUGUCCUAAGUGCUAAAAUGUCUAGAAUCCCUUUUAAACAGUGGUCCUGAAAGUCAUUAGUUUCAAUUUGUCAUAAGUCGUACUCUCUGUGGUUAUAGGAUUCACAUAACAAAUUGCGUACAUCACUCUUUUGUUACUGAGAAUUGGCAAUGAGCAGCAAGUUCAUUAACCAUGAACUGAUUGUGUAAUGAAAUCAAGUGUAAAAUUAUGUGUAUGUUACAUCUAUGGAACAUAUCUAUGCCAUCUUAAAGGCUUAUCUCUACCAAUAAUUAGCAGCCUACCUAAUUAACUAGCUGCUUAGGAUAGAUAGACUGCAAUAGCACAAAGUGUUGACCUCUUUGUGCUAUUGCAGUCUAUUUUAACUAGCUACUUAGGAUAGAUAGACUGCAAUAGCACAAAGUGUUGACCUCUUUUUUGUGACUCAUCUCUCAAGCCAUAUUUUUGACCUGUUAGAAUGAAAUUACAAUAAUAACUCUUCUUGAAAACUAGCAUUUAGAAGGUGUUCUAUGUCUGUCUUUGCUGGGAUGUAGCAGAGUGCAUUCAUUACUCUUCAUAGAGGCCUUAGGACCACUGAAUGCAAACUACAUAUUACUUUAAAAUUCACUAACCGAUCCAAAUCAAGUUUGGACAUUUUAGUUUGAAAUGAAUAAAUGUGUGAUUGUCACCACAUUGCCAUGAAACAACAACAAUAACAACAACAUACAACUGCUGCUGAGAUGAAAAAUACUGAAUUGUUUUGCUAUGCUCAUUCAUGUCUGCUUUGUAACAUAUAGAGAGACAUGUUUUAUAUUUCUCUCAUAAAUGUAACUAGACAUAUGGGAAUUUAACCCUAUUUCUUGUGAAAUCACUGGCACAUGGCCAACCAUUUUUGAUUUUCUUUCUUUUGAUUGUCACUUGAAUGUGGCAUACACAGACACCUUGGUUAAAGGUUUGGUUCAGCGAAAGGUUAAUUUGCACAAUUUACCCCUCAUCCCAAAUGUAGUUGAUCGGCAUAGACAUUUUCCGUUUCUGGUCUGACAAAUUUUCAAUAAAUACAUGCUAAUUCUUUGUCUGGUAAAAUGGUUAAUAUAAUCCAGAUGUAAAAAUGAUACUACAAUCCACCUAACAUGCAGUUUUUCUUUAUAGUACCACCUUUAAAGAAGUUAAAGAGCUGUUCAGGGUGGCUGCAUUACAUUUCAGCAUUCAGUGUAAUACACAAUUAAAAAAGAAAAAUAUUAACUAUUCCUUGUUAGCUAUUUUAGUCUGUAGACACUAACGUUGUUGGCAGAUCGACUACAUCUGAAGUAAGUUUAAAAAAAAAAUCUAAUUGAUUUUUCGCAAAACUAUUCCUUUAAUUAUUGGCUGUUUGAAAGUGACUUUUAAGUUGAUGGAUGAUACUUUGUCGGGUGACUUUGCCUUCACCACAGGAACUGUGAGCCCUUGUACACUGUAAGACCCUGUACAUAAACUUCAGGUUCAAAGUGCAUAAUGUAAAACAGGUGUAACUGGAAUAAUAUUCUAAUAAAACUCUUAUUGUUCUGACUGUUCCAGGAAUGACCCAGA